AUGGUUAUUGACACCGGUGCCAUUAUGACUGUUUUACCUAAACAUAUUUAUGAUGAUAAAUUUAGUCAUAUAAAUUUAAGGCCUACUGAGUUGCAGCUGAAGUCGUACACUGGACACCCAUUGGAUGUUUUGGGAGAGUUCAAAGCCGCAGUUUCGCACGAAGGAAAGGACUACAAUCUACCUGUAGUGGUUGUAGAAAUCACCGAUCGUCGACAGCCAGCACUGUUGGGACGUAAUUGGCUACAUCAGUUGAAGUUGGACUGGAACAGGAUAUUACAGGUUGGAUCUGGAAAUAAUGCAGGCAAGUCUAGCCAUAAUGUUUCUACUUCUACUGCUUCUAUAGAAAAUGACUUGAAAAGUAAAUUUAUGGAUGUUUUUGAAGGGCAAAUGGGUCUAAUUAAAGGUAUCACCACUGAGAUUGCUGUAGAUGAAGAGGCGACUCCAAUUUUUUGCCACAACAUGCAAGAUGCAGUAAACAAAACCGAAGCUCUUCUAGUGCGACUUAAAGAAUUCGGUAUCAAGGCUAACUACCAGAAAACAUUCCUAGGAGAGAAAAAGGGUAUCCCAGUUCUUGCAGCUGCCCGCAUGCAACGUUGGGCAAUAAUUUUGUCUGCGUAUGACUACCACAUCAUCUAUCGAAAAGGUUCUGAAAUUGUAGAAGCUGACGCUCUUUCACGUCUUCCUAAGAAACUCGACCCAAACUCUGAAGAUAUUUCAGUUAUUCAGUUUUUUGCUCCAUUUCCAGAACUACCUCUCACAGCAAAAGAAAUAAGUCUUGCAACCCGAAGAGAUCCGUUGUUUUCUAAAGUCUUAGAUUUGACACUUCAAGGCUGGCCUACACAUUUAGAUAAGGAUGAGCCAUUAAGAGCUUUCUUUCUGAGAAAGAACGAACUUUCAGUUGAAAAUGGUUGUAUUCUUUGGGGAAAUCGAGUCCUCAUUCCUACUAAAUUUCAAAAACACCUCUUAGACAUGUUACAUGAAGAACAUCCUGGUGUUUGCAAAAUGAAAGCUUUGGCCAGAAGUUUUGUGUGGUGGCCUAAAAUUGAUGACCAAAUUGAAAAUGUUGUUAAAACUUGUGAGAUUUGUCAAAUGACCCGUAAAUCUGCCCCUAAGCUGCCUCUACAGCCGUGGCAGUGGCCUUCAAAGAAAUGGCAGCGUGUGCACCUAGAUUUCGCUCAGAAGGAUGGUGUUUAUUUUCUGAUACUAGUGGACAGUUUCUCUAAAUGGGUCGAAGUAUACCAAAUGAAUGGUACCAACGCCUCAAAAACUAUUGAAAAAUUACGUAAAUGCUUUGCCGCAUAUGGAGUUCCGGAGAACAUCAUCACAGACGGAGGACCGCCUUUUAGGUCAGAAGAAUUUGAAAGUUUUUUGAGAUUCAAUGGAAUAAAUCACAUUUUCUCCCCUCCAUAUCAUCCGGCGAGUAACGGCCAAGCAGAGUCUAUGGUGGGUACUUUUAAAACCUCUCUCUUAAAGCAAGUACUCCAAGACAACCUCAAGGGCCGAAAUCGGACUUUGCAGCACAAACUGGAUUGUUUCAUGUUCGCUUACCGAAACACACCUCACUCAAUCACUGGUAGAACACCUUCGGAACUAUUUUUGGGUUUUCAGCCUAGAACCAGAUUCACUCUGCUAAAACCAGAUUUCAAAAGCAACAUGGAGAGCAAGCAACAGAAAAUAAAAGAAUCCAGUGACCAACAUAGAGGAAAAUGGAGGUCGUUCACACUAGGACAGGAAGUCUGGGUCAAAAGUAUCCGUAACGAAGAAACAAGAUGGAUGCCGGGAGUUAUUAUCAAGUGUAUAAGUCCUGUGACUUACAUUGUUAGCGUAAGGGGACAGAAACGGUUUGUACAUGCCGAUCAUUUGAAAGAGUUGGAAGGUGAAUUGCCCAUUAUGAGAAGAGAAGAACCAGAAAUCACUCCUCCACGACCCUUACCAGUGCUAUCACCAAGCAAAAGUCUGGUCGAACCUCCUAUACAUGUUGAUCAAUCACAGAGUCCCACGAGAUCACCACCACCUCGGAAAUCUUUACCACCUCAGAAAUCUCCAUCACCUCGGAAAUCUCCAUUACCUAAAGGAAGUAUAACUCACGAACAAGAACCCCUGCGGAGGUCCAAAAGGAUGAUAACGGCCCCGCAGAAACUUAAUCUUUAG